GCUGACUCGGCUGGUAGGAAAAAGCUCUCGUGCAACACAGCUUGAUUCGACUGCAUGCCGUGUCGAUUUCUCAUUGCAUUUCGUGAAGACAGAUCUCCAUUAUUUAUUCAGUGUUCAUCUUGCCUUGCUCAUUAAGAAGAGUCGCGAUGAUGAGUAAAGUCUUGCAACUAAGUUUAGCAGCGUUAUUAGAGGCGCUUGCGGAAAUCAAGGAUUCUUCAUGCCGCUCAGUGCGGCAGCUCAUUCCUAUGCUAAUGAGACUUUUAGGCAUACACCAUAGUAAAUUUAAGGCGGUGAAAUAUAUUGUAGAAAAGAAUAAAAAUAAUUCGGAUGCACUGAGAAGAGAAUUGCGUCGGAUUGUCCUUCGGGCCCCGCAGCCGGACAUGCCAUCCCCCACGGCCUAUUGCACAAGUUCUGCUGACGAACCUGUGGAGGAGAACUGUCGCACUCACAAGGAUAACCACGCAACAUCGCUGUACCACGGUCAACUAACAGCACGAAGGGAUGAUCCUCCCAGGAAAGCCCGCAUUCUACCAGGGUCCGGUCCUCUCGUGGAGUGCCAGCGCCGUAAGAAGCAAGUACAGUCUGUACAGAAAAAUGUUGAAGGGCAAAACGAAGUGAGUCUCAUCUAAGACUAAUAUUACUGUCACUUGUACAUAUCAUUAAUGGGCUUAGUAUAAUUUUAAUUAGUGCUGAAGUUCUACGGCACUCAAACGCAUAUUAUAAGUUAAGCAACCACAAUCUUUCUUCCCAUAUACUCGUAUAUUGAUUGAUCUAUGGGAGCAAUCAUAAAUUAAGCACGGCCAAAGGCUAGUAGACUUUAUGGUAUAACUUAACUAGUUAUCGAUAUCAUGAGUGUUACUCUGAAAUUAAGUUAUUAUUCUUGAUUGUAUUCAUUUCAUGCAUAUUUAAUUACAUGAAAAAAGACACCUAUGCAAAAGUAAUCGCCAUUCUAUGUUUAGUGUUGAAAAAAUGGUGCACGUUGGACUUUCACUUAUUGAGUACCUACUACUUAGUUUUUCGUAUGAUUUCUAACAUAAUUUACUCGAUGUACAUAAAGUUGUA